CGCUGCCUGCCAGGGUUCCCUAGCAAUGGGCCAUGUCGUGCAGCGGGACGGCCUCCUCCCCUCCGCUUCCCCAGGACGGCCAGCCUCCUGCCUGCGUGCUGCCUGCCUCCUGCCUGUCUCCCGCCUGCCUCCUGCUUGCGACGUCUUCCUCCACCGCCCGCCCCAGGCAGCCCAUGGCCGGACUCUGCUCGGCACAGCUGCAGGGCGAAGCGGCCGCCUUCACCGCCGCCCUCCGCACCCUGGUCAACAACCCCCAGUUCAGUGAUGUGACGUUCGUGGUGGGCCGGGAGCAGCAGAAGGUGUUUGCACAUCGGUGUGUCCUGGCGUGCCGCUGCCAGGCUUUCCAGGGGAUGCUUAGCCAGGGGCUGGUGGGCAGUGAAGAUCCCUCAAAUGGCAUCCCAUCCCAGGGCCCCUUUGUCCUGGGCAAUGUACAACCUGAAGUCUUCCUGGCUGUCAUCGAGUUCCUCUACACCAACAGCGUCACCCUCAACAUCCACAUUGCCCUAGAGGUGCUGACCUCAUCAGUGGAGUAUGGUCUGCAGGAUCUGUGCAAGUUCAUCAAGGACACACUAAGUGUAGAGCAGGUCUGCGAGGCUCUGCAGGCUGCAGUGACCUAUGGUCUGGCAGACCUCCAGCAGCACUGCCUGGCCUUCAUCGAGGGCUGCACUGCCGGUAUGGAGGUGAUGCGGACGCAGGCUUUCCACGAGCUCUCUGAUGUGGUGCUGGCAAGGGUGCUGCGCAGUGACCGCCUGGCCAUGGAUGAGCUGGACCUGGUGCAGGCUGUGCGGGAGUGGGCACACGUCAGCUCGGCCGUCCUGGAGCGCCCAGUGUCCGAGGUGGCCGCCCUGCCCGUGCGGGAGCUGCGCCUGCCUUUGUUGGCACCCAACGAGCUGGCGACGCUGGAGAACCACAACCGGCGGGAUCUCCUCAUCCCUGCAGAGAGCAUCGCAGCAGCCUGGCGGUCCCACGCACUGAGGAGGGGCAGCGGGGUCCCCUCACGCCUCUGCCGGCCCCGGCGAACGAGGCCCCGCGACCACCACCGCCACCUGGACCCGCACGCCAAGUAGGAUGGGCACGGAGAUCCGCCUCCCCAGCCUGGUCAGGGGACUCGGGCAGUGGCAGCGCCCUCCUCUCUGGGUC